UCUCCGCUCAAUCCGGAAAAGAUGAGAAAAACGUCGCCUUCAUCGAUAAAGCGGUUCUGAAAAAUUGCGGAUACAUACAACUCUUUGAUCUUCCACACCCCCUAAGAAGAAGAUGCUCGGGUCUGACUCAACCAACAUUUUCCGAUGACCACAUUGCCUCACUGUAUCAUGACCCAUCCUCCUUCCCUCACUAUCCUCUUUCACCCCCUAAAAAUGAUUACAGUACUCUGUCCACCACCUCGUCCUUCCAAAAUUCACCUGCUGAUGAAACCCAAAACUCGCACUAUCUGCGCUUGCAAGCGGCCAAGACCUACACAAAAAACCUAGAAGAACACCAAUGCUUCCUCGAAUUUUUAAAGGGCACGGAAAAGUUGGACGCGUACUACUUGCCGCCUUCUCUAGCACAUGCCACCAAUGGCAGCUUUGAUGAUGACAAUCUUAGCACCGACGAUUGCAACAAUUGUCACCGUCAUAAUGUCGAUUUGGAUACUCGCGUCAGCUCGGACCGGACGCCGCUCAACGACAGCGAUUUCCCCAUUGCUGGUGAAAACGUCGCGGGUGAUGGCGAUUUCUGCAUGGGCUCGUCUUUUUUGGACGGAGAUGUGAUCGGUUCGUAUAGAGACCGUUUUGAAUUUUUCGUCGCGCGUGACUUGUUCUCGACGGCAUGUCUGGCGUUCGAGCUCUUGACGGGGUCCCGGCUGUUUCAUCGAGGGAAUGCCAAGUACUUUAUGACAGAAGACAUGAGCACAGGCAAAGGAGAUCCGCGCUGGUGGGAUGGGUCGUGCGUGCUGAAGGGCGGCGAGAUUGACGUGAAGUCGUUGGUUUUUAUGCUUGUGUAUCCCAUGAACAGGUAUUACAUGAGAGUCAGAAUGGAUAGGAUGGGGCGCAGAGGUGGAAUCAGCGAUGAUGACGCGUCACAAAUGAAGGAGAUUGACCAAGGUUCUCCCUGGGAAGUGGAGCCUACAUCGGUGUUGACGCGUAUAUUACAUGAGAAUUGCUCUCAAUGUACAAACUCUGGGUGGGAUGUACCAUUGAGAAAUCGGGUUGCCUUUCCUUCUUACUUCGAUUCGGUCUAUAAUUUUUUAUGUGGUUAUUACGCAAGGCCUUCUGCGGAGGCUCGAUUUCGAUAUUUAGUGGACAACUGGUGGUAUUUGUCCGGUCUGCCGUUGUCCGCGUUCAUGGUCGCUUUGCCUAGCUUUCUGGAGCAUUUUAGUGCUGAGGAGACGCGAUUUUUGUCGGUCGACCUCAUUGCACUGCUUUACCAGAAGUUGGGGAGGUUGGCGUCGAUACAGCAGCUAUUAAAACCGGUGGCCCAGUUGUAUGAGGGCGCAUCUCGAGGAGAGUUGGAACUUCGCUUGACGUUGAAGUUGCUGGAAAUCGAGACGUUGAAGACUAUGAUUAAAUGUUUUGGUCACGAAUGUUUCUUGGAAGAAAUUCUCUCGUACGUCAUGAAGUGCAUUUAUUUUCGAGAUGACGAUCCCCUCGAUGGAAAAAGCGAUGAGAUUUCUGGCGUUCAGGACCUUUUCGCUAAAGAAAGGACAAUCAAAAGCAAUUCUGUGGCUUCUAAAGCUAAACAGGCAAUAAUCAAACUUAUUUCCGUACUAUCGCCUCUUACAUACAUUGAACACAUUCUUUGUAGUUUGCUGCAUUCUUUGGAUAAAAGCGUUCGUCCUGGAUUGAUCGAUCUGGUUAUAGAGGUCUCUGCACGUUUGGACAACUCCGCCGUCUUGAAACGCGCUUUUCCGAUCUUAUUGGGCAUGGCGAGGAAACACUUCGAUUGGUUCCAGCGAGCAAGUCACAGUUCCUCUCUGCCUACUGAUUCCUGUAUAGCUAAGCUUUCCCAAAUCGUUACCGCGUUGACCAAGCUUUCAUCAGUGGUGCAGCCUUCUUCUCUCAUUUCUUAUUUUCAGUCCCACAGUCAGAUUUUGCGUACAAUUCAGAGUCUCACCUGUCACCUUGGGUCACAGUCCUGCCUCAAAGGCGAAAUCAACCACGUGGCGCUUCCAUGGAGCUACUUCGUGAAUGUCAUCGCCUUCCAGUCCCAGAUGGCAGAGUCUAGCCCUCCCGGCGAGGGGAGGGCAAAGCCUUCAAAGAACUUCAAAAAAACGCACAGUAUCAUACAGGGAAUUUUGGCCGAGUUGAGCACUCUCCCUGGGUUUGGCGCUCCUCCGGAUGACGGAAGAGAAUCUGGGAUCAAACACAAUAAGGCUAACCCCGACGAAAAGAUCAGGAGCCCCCGCAAACUGCGACGUUUCCACAACGAGUCCUGCUACGGCAGACGCGAAACUGCGAGCUUCUCUACCCACGAGCCCAGCAGCGACGCAGCGGACCAAUGCGGCGUUGGGACCACGCAUAAACCUUACAGAGUUAGGAGUCUGUCAAGGAACAGCGCAUCAACUAAGGACGACAGUGAAGCAACAGACCACAGCAAUAGUCGUCUUUAUACCAAUAGCCAUGUCUCCUCUUCCGCUAGUGGUGGUGUUUUUGCUACUUCUGGCGAUCAGGCUUGUUUCGAAGGAAGGGAACUCAGCUCGGUGGGGGCGGACAGAGAGGUGAAUGCACUUGGUGGCGCGAGAGAGAAGGGGAAAAAGGGCUGGAGAAGGGCAUUCGAGUGGAGCGGGGUGUUGAAGAGAGGAGCGGGAAAGGGUGGUAAUCCUGAAAGAGAGUCGAGGUACGUCGGCGGGACUGAGUGGGCAGAAACAUUAGAAGUGAAAGGAAGAGAGGCCUGGGAGCUGGAACUGAAGAGGUUGGAAGAGUACGAGUACCAUGAGCACAACGCUGAAGUAAGAUGCUUGAGUACAGACGAAGGCGGUAAAUAUGUGGUUUCCGGGGCGGAGGAUCGGCUGGUAAAGGUAUGGAAUUUGCAGAAACGCGAGUGCAGUCAACAAACUUACUACGGUCAUCGGGAUGUGAUCAUAGGCGUAAGCUUGAGCAAAGAUGCGACGAUGGCCGUAUCUUGCGACGGAGAGAUUCAUCGGUGGAGUGUGGAAAGAGGACAAUGCUUGAAUAAAAUAAAAAGUGGAAAAAGAGAAUAUAAAAUUCUUUCAGACCUUGGAGAAGACCUGUUGGUCACCACGACAGGCAAAAAAAUAGACAUAAUUGACUUCCGUGCUCCCGAUGUUCAAUGCGAAUGGAAUCUGAUUUACGAUCUUUCGAAAACUAGUUCAGACCGUAUCACAAGUAUUGGAUACAAAGUCGGUAGGAAUUUUCAGCCUUUUUAUCCUACUACUCAACUCCUUAUUGGACAAAGCUCCGGAUAUGCCUGUUCUAUGGAUCUCCGAUUCGGAAGCCUAACCCAACACUGGCUUGCUCAUUUGGGAUCCGUUAAAAAUAUCUCGUCCUAUGAGUCUUCUUCCAGUCCCCCUCUUCUAUUCUCCUAUGAUUCACAUAACAAUGCCCUCUCUGUAUGGGAUGACUAUCACCCUUCUAGCACUCCUCAGCUCCUCUAUCAAUUCUUUUCUCCCUACAGUAGCUUCUCCACCUUCACGUGUUAUCGCCACUCCCUCAUCGUAUCUCUCGGCCACUCCCUCUCCCUGGUUCCGUUCCACUCCUUCCUACCCCAUUCAAACUCGAUCCGCCGUCCGUCUCGACUCUCGCUCCUUCCCUAUCUCAAAAAAAUAGAUGGUGUACACUCUCCUAUCACCUCCGUCCUCUCCCUUCCUCUACAAUCCCUCCUCCUCCUCGGCAACACCCGAGGCGAACUGCUUCUGCUUAACUAGAUAGUCACGCAUACCUUUUCCGGAACUCGUGAGAAAACCUCUUUAUAAAAUAAAGCCCCUUUAGUGA